AUGGGGACAUUGCGUGAUCUACAACUUGCCUUACAGGAAAAGAUUGAGGAAUUGCGACAGAGGGAUGAGUUAAUAGAUGAAUUAGAGAUGGAAUUAGAUCAAAAGGAUGCUUUAAUCCAAAAAUUACAAACUCAACUGGACAAAUAUAGAUCCAUAUUAAAACCUGCCACACAACAGAAUUCCGUAGCUAGCCUUCCAAAUCACACUCAGGUCAAAGAAAGAUCUAAACGAACUGCUAUAUCAGCUGAGCCUGCCAAUUUCAAUACAUUUCAUGUUUUGGACAGCGAAACUCAAUUUGUAGCCAAAUCACUCUCUUCUAAAGAAUUAAUACGACAAGCAAUAUUAGACAAUGAUUUUAUGAAGAAUUUAGAAUUGGGACAAAUACGAGAAAUUGUAGAAUGUAUGUAUCCGGUAGAAUUCACUAAAGACAGUAUUAUUAUAAAAGAAGGAGAUGUUGGGUCGCUUGUGUAUGUCAUGGAAGAUGGUAAGGUGGAAGUUACAAAAGAUGGACAGAAAUUAUGCACUAUGUCUCCAGGAAAAGUAUUUGGUGAAUUAGCUAUUUUAUAUAAUUGUACCAGAACAGCCUCAGUCAAAGCAUUACAAGCAUGUCGUUUAUGGGCAAUAGAUCGACCCUGUUUCCAAAGUAUUAUGAUGCGAACUGGUCUACAGAGACAUUCAGAGCAUUUAGAAUUCUUACGCAGCGUUCCAACAUUCGAUGGCCUUCCAGAAGAAACUUUAGGAAAAAUAGCUGAUGUCUUAGAAGAGGCACAUUAUAACAACGGUGAAUAUAUAAUCAGACAGGGUGCUAGAGGUGAUUCAUUUUAUAUAAUAGCUAAAGGAAAGGUUCGUGUAACAAAACGCAGCUCCAAAUCACACGAAGAAGUCACAAUGAGAUAUUUACAGAAAGGUGAUUUCUUUGGUGAACGUGCCUUACAAGGUGAAGAUGUGCGGACAGCCAAUAUUAUAGCACACGAUCCUGAUGGUGUUGACUGUUUAACUAUAGAUAGAGAAGCUUAUUCCCAACUUAUUAGUAAUUUAGAUGAUCUCAAAAGAAUAUAUGAAGAUGAUGAAGAAAAACUUGGUAUUGAUUCAGAAUAUGCUAAAAUUAAACUCAGCGAUCUUCAUGUAUUAUCAACGUUAGGUGUUGGUGGAUUUGGUCGAGUAGAAUUGGUACAAAUAAACAACGAUAACAGUAAAGCCUAUGCAUUAAAAAUAUUAAAGAAGCACCAUAUAGUGGAAACUAGACAACAGGAACAUAUCAUGAAUGAAAAACGUAUUAUGAGUGAAGCCAGGUGUGCCUUUAUAGUCAGAUUACACAGAACGUUCCGAGAUAGAAAAUAUUUAUAUAUGUUAUUAGAAUCAUGUCUAGGAGGUGAAUUAUGGACCGUGUUGAGAGACAAAGGAUCGUUCGAUGAUAACACCACCAGAUUUUACACUGCUUGUGUUGUAGAAGCUUUUAAUUAUUUACACAGUCGAGGAAUAGUUUACAGAGAUCUUAAACCUGAAAAUCUUUUAAUGGAUUCCACGGGUUAUGUCAAAUUGGUUGAUUUUGGGUUUGCUAAGAAAGUUGGUCACGGGAGAAAAACGUGGACAUUCUGUGGAACUCCAGAAUAUGUAGCACCAGAGAUUAUAUUAAAUAAAGGUCAUGAUAUAUCUGCUGAUUACUGGUCUCUAGGUAUACUGAUGUUUGAAUUACUCACUGGAAGUCCACCCUUCGCUGGCCCAGAUCCAAUGAAAACAUACAACUUGAUAUUAAAGGGAAUCGAUGCAAUAGAUUUUCCAAGAAAAAUAACGAAAAAUGCUCAAAUUUUAAUCAAAAAACUAUGCAGAGAUAAUCCACUAGAAAGAUUAGGUUAUGGUCGAGGUGGUAUUAGAGAGAUACAGAAACACACCUGGUUUGAAGGUUUUAACUGGGAUGGAUUAAGAAACAGAUCCAUGAAACCACCGAUUAUACCUGUGAUAAAAUCACCAACAGAUACAUCGAACUUUGAUGAUUAUCCCGAAGACGAGGAUGGUCCACCACCUGAUGAUUUGUCCGGAUGGGAUAAGGAUUUUUGA